UGGUUUAAAGAUGGCGGCGGCGGCGUUGCGGGAGCGGAGCCGCGGGAGGGGUAGGGAAAAGGAGAAUCUGUGAGUCGCCGAGAAGCAGCGCGGCGGCUGCCGUGAGGGGUACGGGUGCGGAGCCGCCGGCGGCUUGGCCGCUGAAGGCCAAGCCCUGGCCUGGGGAGGAGAGGCCGGCUCAGCGUCAGGAGCCCGAGGCCGGAGCAGAAGAGGAAUGUGACCGGGGGUCGGCGAGGGCGCGGGAGUACGCGAGCGCAGGGAUGGGGCAGCAGGUGGGCCGCGUCGGGGAGGCUCCGGGACUCCAGCAGUCCCAGCUCCGUGGGAUCCGGGGCAGCAGCGCAGCCAGGCCCUCCGGCCGCAGGCGGGACCCGGCGGGGCGCACCGCGGAGGCCGGCUUCAAUAUCUUCACCCAGCAUGAUCACUUUGCCAGCUGUGUGGAGGAUGGAUUUGAGGGAGACAAGACUGGAGGCAGUAGUCCAGAAGCCUUGCACCGCCCCUAUGGUUGUGAUGUUGAACCCCAGGCACUGACCGAAGCCAUCAGGUGGAGCUCCAAGGAGAACUUGCUUGGAGCCACUGAGAGUGACCCUAAUCUGUUUGUUGCACUUUAUGACUUUGUAGCAAGUGGCGAUAACACACUAAGCAUCACUAAAGGUGAAAAACUACGAGUUCUUGGUUACAACCAGAAUGGAGAGUGGAGUGAAGUUCGCUCUAAGAAUGGACAGGGUUGGGUGCCAAGCAACUACAUCACCCCAGUGAACAGCCUGGAAAAGCAUUCCUGGUACCAUGGACCUGUGUCACGCAGUGCUGCAGAGUAUCUGCUCAGCAGUCUAAUUAAUGGCAGUUUCCUGGUGCGAGAAAGUGAGAGCAGCCCCGGGCAGCUAUCGAUCUCGCUCAGGUACGAGGGGCGUGUGUAUCACUACAGGAUCAAUACCGCCACAGAUGGCAAGGUAUAUGUGACUGCUGAAAGCCGUUUUAGCACCUUGGCAGAGCUUGUUCACCAUCACUCCACAGUAGCUGAUGGGCUGGUGACAACAUUACACUACCCAGCACCCAAAUGUAAUAAGCCUACAGUCUAUGGUGUGUCCCCUAUCCAUGAUAAAUGGGAAAUGGAACGAACAGAUAUUACCAUGAAGCACAAACUUGGAGGUGGUCAGUAUGGAGAAGUUUAUGUUGGUGUCUGGAAGAAAUACAGCCUUACAGUUGCUGUGAAAACAUUGAAGGAAGAUACCAUGGAGGUGGAGGAGUUCCUGAAAGAAGCUGCAGUAAUGAAGGAAAUCAAGCAUCCUAACCUGGUACAACUUUUAGGUGUGUGUACUCUGGAGCCGCCAUUUUACAUCGUGACCGAGUACAUGCCUUAUGGGAACUUGCUUGAUUAUCUCAGAGAAUGCAACCGAGAAGAGGUGACUGCCGUUGUACUGCUCUACAUGGCCACUCAGAUCUCUUCUGCAAUGGAGUACUUAGAGAAGAAGAAUUUCAUCCAUAGAGAUCUUGCAGCUCGUAACUGCCUAGUGGGAGAAAACCACGUGGUGAAAGUGGCUGACUUUGGUUUAAGUAGACUAAUGACUGGAGACACCUAUACUGCUCAUGCUGGAGCCAAAUUUCCUAUUAAGUGGACAGCACCAGAAAGUCUUGCCUACAAUACCUUCUCAAUUAAAUCUGACGUCUGGGCUUUUGGGGUACUGUUGUGGGAAAUUGCUACAUACGGAAUGUCACCAUAUCCAGGUAUUGACCUGUCCCAAGUCUAUGAUCUACUAGAGAAAGGUUAUCGAAUGGAACAGCCUGAAGGAUGCCCCCCUAAGGUGUAUGAACUUAUGAGAGCUUGCUGGAAAUGGAGCCCUGCCGACAGGCCCUCUUUUGCUGAGACACAUCAAGCUUUCGAAACCAUGUUCCAUGAUUCCAGCAUUUCUGAAGAGGUAGCUGAGGAGCUUGGGAGAGCCGCCUCUUCAUCAUCUGUUGUUCCAUACCUGCCCCGAUUACCUAUACUUCCUUCCAAAACCCGAACACUGAAGAAACAGGUGGAGAACAAAGAGAACAUUGAAGGGACACAAGAUGCCACUGAAAAUUCCGCCUCCAGUUCAGCACCGGGGUUCAUUAGAAGUGCCCAGGCCCCCACUGGGUCCCCAGCACUGCCUCGAAAGCAAAGAGACAAGUCACCUAGCAGCCUCUUGGAAGAUGCCAAAGAGACAUGCUUUACCCGGGAUAGGAAGGGCGGCUUCUUCAGCUCCUUCAUGAAAAAGAAAAAUGCUCCCACACCCCCCAAACGCAGCAGCUCCUUCCGAGAAAUGGAGAAUCAGCCCCAUAAGAAAUAUGAGCUCACGGGUAACUUCUCAUCUGUUGCUUCUCUGCAGCAUGCUGAUGGGUUCUCUUUCACUCCUGCCCAGCAAGAAGCAAAUCUGGUGCCACUCAAGUGCUAUGGGGGGAGCUUUACACAGAGGAACCUCUGUAAUGACGAUGGUGGUGGGGGUGGGGGCAGUGGCACUGCUGGGGGUGGGUGGUCUGGCAUCACAGGCUUCUUUACACCACGCUUAAUCAAAAAGACACUGGGCUUACGAGCAGGUAAACCCACAGCCAGUGAUGACACUUGCAAGCCUUUUCCAAGGUCAAACUCUACAUCUUCCAUGUCCUCAGGGCUCCCAGAGCAGGAUAGGAUGGCAAUGACCCUUCCCAGAAACUGCCAGAGGUCCAAACUCCAGCUGGAAAGGACAGUGUCCACCUCUUCUCAGCCAGAAGAGAACGUGGGCAGGGCCAAUGACAUGCUUCCAAAAAAAUCAGAGGAAGGUGCUGCUCCAACCAGGGAGAGACCAAAAGCCAAACUUUUGCCCAGGGGAGCCACGGCUCUUCCUCUCAGAACCCCCACUGGGGAUCCAGCCAUUACAGAGAUGGACUCUCUAGGAUUGGGGUCAGCUGGAGUGGCAGCUGCCCCCAAAAGCAAGGAGAGGAAUGGUGGGACACGACUUGGGAUGGCUGGAGUCCCAGAGGAUGGAGAACAACCAGGGUGGUCUUCUCCAGUCAAAGCUGCAGCAGUCCUCCCAACCACUCACAACCACAAAGUGCCAGUCCUUAUCUCACCCACUCUGAAACACACUCCAGCAGACAUACAACUCAUUGGCACAGACUCUCAGGGGAAUAAAUUCAAGCUCUUAUCUGAGCAUCAGGUCGCAUCCUCUGGAGACAAGGACAGACCCCGACGGGUAAAACCAAAGUGUGCCCCACCCCCACCACCAGUGAUGAGACUACUACAACAUCCAUCCAUAUGUUCAGAUACUACAGAAGAGUCACCUGCCCCUACUGCAGGACAACCCACAUCAGAAACCCCGGAAGGUGGGAAAAAGGCAGCACCAGGGGCAGUGUCCAUCAGUGGGAAAGCUGGGAGGCCAGUGAUGCCUCCACCUCAAGUGCCUCUGACCACAUCUUCCAUCUCGCCAACCAAAAUGGCCAAUGGCACAGCAGGUACUAAAGUGGCUCUGAGAAAAACCAAACAGGCAGCUGAGAAAAUCUCAGCAGACAAAAUCAGCAAAGAGGCCCUGCUGGAAUGUGCUGACCUACUGUCCAGUGCAAUCACGGAACCAUUGCCCAAUAGCCAGCUGGUAGACACUGGACACCAGCUGCUCGACUACUGCUCAGGCUACGUGGACUGCAUCCCUCAAACUCGCAACAAAUUUGCCUUCCGAGAGGCUGUGAGCAAACUGGAACUCAGCCUGCAGGAGCUGCAGGUGUCAUCAGCAGCUGCUGGUGUGCCCGGGGCAAACCCUGUCCUUAAUAACUUAUUGUCAUGUGUACAGGAAAUCAGUGAUGUGGUGCAGAGGUAGCCACUGUUAGCUUAGUGGGAAAAUGCACACAUUUCUGAAGGGAGAGGGGAAAAGGGACUUGUUUUCCUGUGUUCUUGUUUUUUAAAAAAAUGAAAGACUGAUACUUGAGUGUGUUUAUGUGAAGUACCUCAGAUCUCUGAGUUCUCACGUUUACAGGUUCAUCUCAAAAAAUUAAAAAGCAAACCACAUACAUGUAGAAGAAAAUUAGGUAGAGAUAGGGCACUAGUGGGCACGGUUGAAAGCUGCAUUGGAAAAUCAGGGAACACGUGUAUGCCAUGCCAUAAAGAAAGAAAUCCAGACUAUGCCUAUCUGGAAUGAUGUUAGGUGGCCAGUCAGAACUGAUCACAGCAAGGCUGCGGGGACUUUGCCCAAGCAGUGUGCAUUGGCUGUGACAUUCAUUCUGUACCACACAAAAGGGAACCGACCAGGGACUCCAGCAGGUACUAAUGAUGAUUAUGCUCAAACUUACCUAACAACUUUGGUGGGACAGAGGAAAGGAAAGCUUAGAAUGUACCAAAAGAAGUUUUGUUCAAGGCUGUGGGAAGCAGCUGUUGGCCCUGCUUCUACGAGGUCAUUGCUGCUGUAGUAAGAACUGCAAAUCAGAUUGCUAGAAUAAAAAACUGGGACCCUAUCUGUAUGCUCCUUUUCUGUUUUUGAUUGGUGUGUUAAUUGCUGGGAAGUUUAGUCAGGGAGAUUGAAACCUUACUGAUCGUAUAUUGAUUAGCAUAAGUCAUUUCUCCCAGUCUAGUAUAUGUUUCCUGAUGGACCAGGAUUGGCUUUCUGCUCGUUGGUGUCUAUCUGUAAUUCCUAAUACACAGAGGGUCUCAAGUCUCCUUAGUGGUCCUUCUCUGCUGCUUGCUGGGCAGGUUAUCUUCCUUUAUUCCUGGCACCAUUCAGGGCAUUAAUGAACAUUGAUUUUGAAAAUAGUGGCCACUUACUCAUUUCUCACAAGAUAAUGCUUUUCUGAUACAGUAUUCCCUGCGUAUUGACAUACUUGCCAAGGAUUUGAGCAGCUGUAUGUUUCUACAUCAACUAAAAUACCAGGGAGAGGACCUCUUCUUAAAACCCAAACUCUCAUGCCCAGAGAAGCAGCUGACUUGGCCCAAAUGGCAAUUCCUCUAUACCUUUCCCAUCACGUAUCACCUUAGUUUCACUCUGGAUAGAUAGAAGGGAGAGGCGUGCUUUCUCUCUCUCUCCCCCCCCCCCCCUCUCUUUCUAAUGAAAUUACCUACAAUCAUUCUCACAUCCUUUUCUCUGCUCACAUUCUCUCCUGAAUCAUUGUGCCUGUUUGUAAAAGAUUAUUUGGGAAUAUUUUUUAUGUUGUCAUUUCACCUCUGUUUUAAGAGUGCAUAACUGAAGGAGCAAGUCACUUCCAGGGAGCACCAAUUAGAUACUGGAAACCCAAUGACUUAACCCUCAAAUUAUGUUUUGCUCUUGGAAAAUAGGCCUUUUUCUUCCCUUCUCAAUUCUAAUUAUGGAAGCAAAUUAGGAUAGCAUGGAACUGAAUCUAAUAGGUUAGAUACUAUAAAUAUUCCCAGGGUCAUCUAAUUCCAAUCUCAGUUGCCACUUGAUUCUCUUUUUAAAGUUUUACAAGGAGCCUUCCCACCAAGGAGAACCCAAAAUACAAUACUUUCAUUUUUUCCUCCCAAAGGAGAAUUAGCUUAAGAAGAUAGGAAUUCACAGUUGAUGAACAGUGCAUUUUCUUCUUGGCUCUGUCAUUGAUCCACUGUCAAUUUACAGCUCCAUCUCUUAAUCUAUUAAAUGAAAGUAAUAAUACAUAUUCUCAAGGGUGUUUUACAAAUAAAUGUAUCCUUUUGAGAGCCUCUCUGGAAAGCUCUUUAGUGCAGUGUUGUUAUGUUGAAUGGUUUUCAUUCUCUUCUUUGCUCAGUAGCAGGUAUUAAUGGAAUUUAGAAUGGCUGAGAUUAUAUUAAUUGGGCUAGAAUACCUAGGGGAAACCAUGUUUUGGAUAAACUUUGGUGUCUUUGGCCAAGGAGGAAAUUUAGUUUUCAUUAGAAAGAAAGGAAACCUUGAUUCUUAUUGCUGCUCUAAAAGAGAGCCAGGUUAAUUAAGUGAGGGAUAAGAAGGGAGGAGACAGUCCUGGGCACUCCUAUUAAGAGUAUGUUACCUACAGAUGCAGCAUGGGCAGCUAGUGGUCAGGUUCAUCCCUUGUAAUGGUUGGAAGAGAAAUAGAGUUCCCUUUAACUUGGAUUUAAAACCCAACAAUCCUCUUCUCACCUUCUUCCUGCACACUCCCCCUCAUCAUACACUGAUAAACUUGAAACAGUUUUAGCAGUUAAUUUAGCCUUUUGAGGGUGGGGAGAGGAAAGCUAAAAUUUUAGAACAUUACUAUGCUGCUUUUUAAGUUUAUCUCUGUCACUGGGGGCACAAAUUGAGGGAUUAUAAUUGUUUUUCAGGAUUUUGUUGUGCUUUGUUUCCUUUUUAAACAAAGAAUCUAUUUUUCCUUGAGAGCUCUGAAAAUAAGCCUUGGAAAAACACUACUGAGUGCAUUUAAGCUCCCUGGUUUUCUCACUGAGGAACAAUCUUGAGGGCAGGGGCUGUGUCUUACUCAGGGGCAGCACCUAGCUCUGUCUUGCUUACAGUGGGUGCUCGGUAAAUAAUGAAUUUAUUGAUUUUCUUAACACUGUCAAGAGUAGCAUUGACUAUUGUAGCACACCCCAUCCUGCAUGACACUUGAAAUGUGUGACUUCAGGGGUUGAGGGCUCAGGGUUCAGGUUAAAGAGGCACUGUCAACUUACUAUAAAAGUAUAAUUAGGUUUUUCCUUUUUCUACUUGAAAAGGACAAGAUUUUAAAAUUCUUAUGUAAAUUAACAGGUUUUAAAUCCAAAGCAGAGAAAACUGCUUUUAGAAACUAAAAAUGUAGUUUAAUUCUGUCUAGUCUAAAAGCACAGCAGAUAAUGAGCGUUAAAAACCCUUAUACAAUGUGUUGAAAAUUUUCUAAAGUAAUUAUGUAUAUGCCUAACUUUGGACUACCACAACUUGUUUACAGGUAAUAUGACUUUGGUUUAGAUUUCCUACCUUAAAAUGCAGUGUUUUGUGUAGAAUAUAUCUUGAUUGUGCUUUACGUAUUUUCUUAAAAGGCUUUGUGUAAAAUUAAAAUGUAUAUAUUUUCCUACAAACUUCCAUUUUGAUUUUGAGAGAUAUAGCCUUAAAAAAAUUGGCCCUAAGAAACCCAUUCAAGUGUUUUUUUCAGAUUACCUCUAUAGGUAAUGUCAUUAUAGUGGAGACUCUUUCCCAGCUGCAUUUAAGGAUUUAAAUUAGAAAGCUUCUUACAAUUCAACUGAAGGCUGGCUAGUAAAAGAAUUACCAGUUAAUGAAACAUUCUGACUUUGCUAAGUCAUAACCUUUAUUUAUUUUGAGUUUAAUAAAGAGGAAAUAUGGAUGGUAGAGAAGUGUCCAGGUUCUAAAGCCUGUCUAAAGGCCAACUCAUUUAACCUUCCUAAGUAUCAGUUUCAUCACUGUUAAACAGAGAUGGUAAUAAUAACUACCUCAUAGGGUUGUUGUAAAGAUUAAAUGAGAUAAUGUAUAGUUAGCUCAAGUACCUGACACACAAUGAGCACUCCAUAAAUGUUAACUGUUACUACUAUUAAUAUUAAUGUUAUUAUGAUAAUUAAUACCUAUUCCAAUGAUUCUCAGCCAAGAAUGUGCAACAGAACUUGCUAGGGAGCUUUUUAAAAAGGGAUGCACUGGCCUUGCUCCAAAUAAGAGUUCCCAAAGGGUAGUGUCUCAGCCAUUGUGUUUUCCAAGAAUUGCUCCACGUGUUCCUGACACCCAGUGCUGUUUGAGAACUAUUAAUACUCCAACUCUUUUCUUUACAGAUUAAGAAACUGGAGGAGAGAAUAGUCAAAUUACUUGCCCAUUAUCUCCCAGUACUUACCUAAUGAGAGCCUAGGCUAGAAUUCAGGUCUCAACUUCCUGGUUGUCGGGAUUUUGCACUAUCCUUCUGCCCUGUGAGACACUGCAAAAAAAAAGUGGCUCAGAUAGACAAUCAGUUGCAUGGUACCCACUUUCUAAAGCACAUACUCUCAAGUCUCCCUGAUCAUAAGGGGCUUGAGUGCUGAGUAAUGGCAACACUGGCAAAGCAGGCCUUGAGUAAAAUUCAGUAAUUUCAAAAAUCAUAUGGGGUCAUUCUUUUGGACAGACCUCAGCAACACAGCAAUCUGCACUUUGUAGUAAAGAAAUACUAACUUAAGUUUCUUUUUUAAAAAUGAGUCCUACAUUCCUUUUUUCUUAAAAAUCUUUAUUGUUGAGUACCAUUUUAAUGACUAAGAUAAUUUAUAUGCAAGCACUUUGAGAAAGUAUCAAAUGUAAUAUAACUUAUAAAUCUGUAUUAAUGUCUGUUAAGAUGAUAAAACAGUUGGUUCGAUGCUGAUUGACCUAAAGGCUCUUUAUGUGGGACCUGAAGAUGCAGAUUUAUAAACAAUCACCUCUGUAAUUUAUCACAUUUAUAAAUAUGAGACUGCUAAAUAUGUGCAGGUGUGGCAAGUGUUUUACUGAUUAACUUCAGAAAACCAGGGACCAAUUUUUUGGUUUAAUUAUAAUCUUUAAGAAGUUAUAAUGUAUGCUCACUCAUUUCAGGAUAAAGAAGCUCUUCCAGGAGCCUUGACUCAAGAAGGAUGAGACCCUCUUACUCUUCAAAACGUGUCCACUCCAUGCUCAGCCAUUUAGUAAGCUAAAUGUGAUGGGAGUAGACUCGUUACUUGUUGAUGUUGACAGUGUCUUUUUUAACCUAUGUUCUACAUGUUUGGGUUUUUUUUUUUUUUUUUUUUUUUGGAGGGUUUAGGGGUGGGUGUAUAGGAGGGUAGGAUGGCUGUAGGACCAGUGCACUUUGAGAAUUACUUUUCUAGGAUUUCCUGCUAGUUACAGAUGAGUUUGAUACUGAUAUUUAUCAUCUACAUUUUUUUUUUAAAGAAGAGUAGCUGAACAUAUCUCAUCCAUUAGAAUAUAAAAUACCCUAGAGUAAAUUGAAUUGGUGGCCACUUUUAAAUUAUAGCAACAUUGCCUUCUGACCUCUCCUACUCCCUUCCAUUUUUGCUACUACUGUCACUGUUCUCUCAGGCUAUGCCCCUGUAGGAGUUCACACUGGGCUGACAGGGUUAUCUAUAUUUUUGUUCAUCAUGAUUUUGGGGUUUCAUCAUUUUCUUGCAUUAACUUGCUCCUCCUGGAUUUGAGACCCAUCUCUGUGACCUAAGCACCUGUUAUGACAGCCCUUUUUAUGUAGGUUUCCUUUCAUAUAUGUUAUAAACUUCAGCUGUCUGUAUCUGUAUUAGCUUCUGUCAAACUAGUAGCUCAGUUCCUGUGUCAAUGCUUGCUUCAGUUUGGGAUAUGUGGGAGCAUGAGAGAGAAGGGGAGAGGCAGCCCAAAGGGAGCCUGUACCUUUCAUGUGACUACACGGGGAAAUUGCUGCUAACCAUAGCCUCAUUGAUCAGAGAGGAGGCCUUGGGCCACUCCUACACUUUCUCCCACUGUUAACAGUUAGGAUAUUUAUAUCCUUUGGAUAGGGUUCCAGUUUUCCCACUACCAGACUUCUAACAAUCGAAUGCAAGGCUUGUGUUUUUUUUUUGUUUUUUUGUUUUUUGACAAGCCAGUAGUGCCUGGAGUAACGAUUAUUGUUAUCUGCUCUGCUAUAGCACAACUACAGUUUGCUGUUUGUGGGUCUGAACUUCAUGCCAUUCCCUACCCUGCCAUAUUACAAGGGAAACAUGGGUGGAUUUCAGGGUUGUGGAAUGGGCUGCACCCUUUUCUUUCUCUUCCCUAGAGCAUCCAGCCAGGUGACUAUCUUAGCUCCAGUCUGCGCUUUGUGAAGUGUAUUAUGAUGUUCAAAAGGAUGAGUUUCUGCUCUGGGGCUGCUGCUUUUUGUGCCACCCACCAGAAGUAUAUGUUCUGUCUUGAGUUGUGUAUGAGAUGAUAUUUCCUUUAUUUCUGACUCAGUACCUUAGAUCGAAAGAAUGGGAAAUUAGUGAAGGCUCCACCCUGUGAUAAUCAGGGUAAGAAGAUCCUGCUUCUCCCCAUGUGAGGAGGUCUAGGCAGAUCAUCCUGAUUCCAGGCUGGCUUGGAAUGCAAAGAUCACCCCUGGAGUACUGCCUUCAGAGAUGGGUUUCAUGAGUCUUACAGAGGAAAAGAUUUGUCAGCUGGGUUGAUUUUGCUUAACUAUUGAACUGGAACUAGUAGAAAUAAGCUUCACAGGUGGCAGUGAUUCAAAGCCCAAGUCAAUGAGAGUUCCCAACUUUAGUUGUUUUCUCCACACAGGGUGUUGAUUUGGCAGAUUGCUGUACUUUACUAUUCCACUUGGGGGAAGGAUGCUCUAACUGUACCCUUCCCUCCCCCAAGUGCACUUUUUUGUCUCUGUGUUCACCUUUAAAUUUGAAAUUAUUUACCUCUCCUAGAAAAAUUGUAUCCUUUUUGGGAAGACCUCUUCAUUGUUGAGGGACCUGAACAUAGUAGCAAAGUCCCAUUAACUCCACCAAAGGUAACAGGUGGCAUGUUGAGCAGGUUUUCAAACCUGCAGACCUAAUGUAGAAAUGAUAUCUACUUUGAGUCGCAAGGUGAGGUACAACAUUGCCCCAGAUCACACCAUAUUCAGGGCAGAAUUGUGAUACAUAGCAUAUUGUCCAUCAUUAUAUUCACCAUGUCAAGUUUCAGGGUCCCACAUGUCAGUCUCCCUGAGAUGCCUGUACCAAGUUGGAGGUCUCUGAGCAUGCUGAUUAACUUGAGCUCACAGCAGAGGUGAACGGUCAAAUGCUAACAGACCUUAAGAAAGGUAAUACAGGGAGUUUCUAUGGUUGGAACUUGCUUAGAUUUGCCUCUGAACUUUAGGUUAGGAGUUUUAAAUCACAUAAUUAAGCACCAUAAACUUUAGUUGGAGAAUGGGACUUCUGGAUAAUAACAUUAUCACAUAUCUGGAUACUAAUAUACAGGUAUGCCAAAUAAAAUGUAUUCUUUUAUUCAAAAGAUAUUGCAGGAUUCUGCAGUCCUUUUAGUUUCAUCCGUGGUGCACCCCAAGUACUGUUCUGUGCAAUUCAGAAGUAUCGUACCAUGUAUUUUGGGUGGCAAAAAUAUGAAGAAACAGAGAUGUUUCUAGGAGAUGAGGGGCAGAUAAAUCAACUGUCUUCUGUUUUGAGAAGUCAUUUUUCACUAUGGUCAGUAUUCUUGGAUUCCAUUAUGAGAGGAAUUUUGAGGUCUUAAAAAAAUCAUCUCAUUAGGCUGAUCGUCCUUCAGGGAAAUUAGUAUUCAGAAACUAGAAAAGACAAUGAGGUACUCAUACUUCUUUAGGGUGUGUGUUUUAUGUUCAUGAGCCUACAUACACUGUUGUGCCCAUUAAAAAAGGAGAGGAGUAAGUGAGAUAAGAGUAAAUCAGAUCUUUUCCUGUAGUGGACAGAAGCAGUGUCAUUGUUAGUGUGUUUCCAUGAACAGAGAGACUGAGCUUUUAAUGCUUACUCAGAAACCUCCUGCCUGCUGUAUGGACACAGCACUUUUCCUUCUUUGCAGUCUGAUUUUGUAAUAACGAUCAGUGGAGAAACUCCAAUUUUAUGUUGAUAGAAAUAAGUUUGAAUGUUUCAUAGUGGUGGUUGACAGAACUUUGUCCUAAAACAUGCAUUUUCAGCUUCUUUAAAAUACAUUUAACAUGUAUACCAAAGGUCAUGCUGUGCAGGUGUAUGCACGGUGCACAGAGGGUGGGGUCUGGAGGGUCAGGCACUGUGUGCGUUGCUAAGGGGAUAUGGUGAGACAAUAUGGGAUUUAACUGAAAACACUUCAAUCAUGGGUCACACUACCAGUGUUGUCAGGUAUUUGUUCUUAAUUGUUAUUGUAAUAUAUUUUCAGUUGUUUUCUAAUUUAAUUCUUUCACUCCGUUGUCUGACUGUGAACUGCUAACAGUGUUAAACUUGAUGUAAAUAAAUGAGGCCCUUGAAAGGGACUACUGUCUGCCUGUUGUCUCACAAGGUUUGCCAACUUGUGUUUUGUUUUAAAUAAAGGUUGCAAUAUUUUAUUGGCAAA